AUGUGAUACUGCCCGUGGCGCAUUUUAGCACGCUGUCUACAACUGGGUCGCUGUGCCCUAGUUUGGUCGAGUCAUUGCUCUCGGCUACUUCUUCUUCUUCUCUCUCGGUCCAAUUUCGAUCGAACUGAAGAUUUUCGUGGGUUGAGGUGUGGAUGGCGAGCCAUGUGGACGCGGCAGGAGAGCCGAUCCCGACAUCGGCUGUACUGAUGGCGUCCUCGAAGCACAUUGCUGCAAGGUGCAGGCAGGAGAAUGUGGCCUUCCUCAAGUGCAAGCAGAAGGACCCAAACCCUGAGAAAUGCCUCGAGAAAGGCCGCGAGGUCACUCGCUGCGUGCUCCAUCUGUUGAAGGAUCUUCAUCACAGAUGCACAAAAGAGAUGGAUGCUUAUGCGGGUUGUAUGUAUUACCAUACGAAUGAGUUCGACUUGUGUCGUAAAGAGCAACAAGAAUUUGAGAAAGCCUGCCCAUUGGAUUGAUUGAAAGGAUGGUGCAAUGAUCAAUAAUCUGCGGCAUUUUGCAUCGAGCAAGACAUUCAUGUCACAAAAGUUUCGGAAGUGAAUUGUUUCCUUGAGCCAUUUCUCUUCCAUAAUUUUCCGUUUGUCUAGAACUUUCAAGCUGAAGAGCCUUCAUCCACCUGUUUCAGGCAUGUAUUAUCCCCAUGAUGACUUAAUGGUUGGAAUGAGUGGCGAUUUCUUUUUUAAAUCCGGCACUUGACUGA